CGCAGCCAACACACGCCCGCCCUCCCCUUGCUCUUCAACUCGACUCGACUCGGCUCACCUCGCGGGGCGGCACCAAGCCACAGGCGGGUGGGGGGUCGAGCGUAGGCAGGUAGCCAGUCAGUCAGGCAAUGAAUCGACGACGUCGAUGCGACCAGCGGGACAGCGCCGACAGGAUCAUCAAGGCAGAACAGAGGCGCACAGGUCGACGAGACGAGGGCAUCGCAUCGUGGGUCUGCUGCACGCGCACGCACGCACGCACGCACGCACGUACUCAAAAAUGCGAGGAAGAAGGCGCUUCAACACAUGCGCAGAGAAGGCAGCGUAGCAGUGGCCAUGGCUACGGAGAAAUAACACCCAAUCCUGAAGGAGGGGGCCAGCGUACCAUAGAGCCAGACGGGGAGGGCAGGCCGCACAGCAGCAAUGGCGACGUUGCUCUGGGAACGGACUCGACCUCGUUCUACAAUAUCGUAGCUGCCGUCGAAGAGGGAAGGCUGCACAGAAGCCUCGACCUACAGACCACUUGCGGCGGCGAAGGCGGGUGCGAUGCGGCUAGAGCAUGUCUUACCUGUCUAUCGAGCUGCAGCGCAUCUAGGUGCCAGCCACGCCGAACAUGAAAUAGGGUCCCACCUUCCCCUCGCCUCCUUCCUCAUGCCGAUCGAAGCAAGCCUUGCGGGCGCAGACACAUGUGUGUGAUCUACGGCGAUGGAUGGUAAACCAUCUCUGUCGCCAUACUCACAAGGAAGCACCGGUGAGACCACGGCGGCGAUGUCAGGCCAAGACGAAGGCGAGGUGAGAUCGUCGCGAG